AUGAACUUCAAUUCGCCUGAUCGCACCGGACAUCCUGCGGUAUUUGUUCGCGGUGUGGGACAUCGGUUGCUUCUGAAGCCCGCCGUUCUUCUCCUCCGCCCGAACGUUGCAUUGUAUUCAACAGACGCCCUCCCUGUCAACUGCUCUGCGUACUCGCCCCCACUGGAUCCCGAGAGCGCGUCGCCGCAAGCCUCGACGUCCAGCAGUCCGUUCGGCUCUGAGCUCGGGGGCGCGCGGACGUGCGAGUGCCUCACGCAGACACUGUGCUGCCACAGUUGCGGCAACGCGGUGGGAUACAUGAUCGUCAGUCCGUGCCGUCGGUGCACGUCGUCCAUCUCGCUGAGCAACCGGACGACGAACGGACACCGAUUCGUGUUCUACUCGGCCGAGGUUUCCGCCGGCGAGCGUCAUUAUCUUGCAGGCGAGCGCGGCGUGGUACCCUUCCACCCCGUGCCGCCACCCAUGGUCAGCAGCGGAGCACAACAACUCGCAGGGUGGUACGUGAGGCGGCCAAACGCGCGCAUGGCUCCGUAUGCGCGGGAUCCUGUGUCAGGCAUGCCGCUGCAGAUGGCGAUUCCCUCACCAGAACCCAUGUCGCCGCCGAGUGCGGACGGGGAGACGCGGUUUCCGUCCCCCGACACGGAGUCGCCAGGCGCAAGCAGUCUGUCUCCGUCGUCGAGCACAGAGUCAAUGCCGCCGCUGAUGGACCUGGAUGCGCCGCCGCCACAGCACAGCCCGCCUGUUGCGUCCGCGUCACCCAGCCACGUCCCGAACGAACCCGGAUCUACGUCCGCGGAGAGCAGCGUACCCCCGCAGCGGAUGCAGACAGGCGACGUGUUAUUCUGGCAUAAUCUGGUGCGGAGCGGGGAGAUCCCUGCUGUGGUCGAUAAUUUGCGUGCACGAGGCAGGAGCGACGGGGAGGACAAGGGGGUGGACAAGGAGGAGAGCGCAGCGGUGGUCCCGAAGCGCAAGGUGUUCGCGGGACGGUGA